UUUUUCAAUUUUUGUACAAAAUCCUUGGAUUUUGGGAUGGUUUUGUAUUAUAAUCGUAAAUAUUUCAAUCCUUCAUAAUGACUGUGUUCUCAAAGACUGUUAAUUUUAAUGAUUUGGUACCUCUAUUGCCGUAUUUGGAAAUCCCUUCGUCUUUGAAGUCCGUGUUUUCGUUCAGUAACCUUGUACAUGCUUUGUCCGGAGCUGUGGGAAGUGUUACGGCAAUGAGCGUGUUUUAUCCACUGGAUACUGCCAGAACGCGACUACAAGUUGAUGACAAAAGAAACUCCAAAGGCACAAUUUAUGUUUUGAGAGAAAUAGUACAAGAUGAAGGAUUAAUGUCUCUUUACCGAGGAUUGGGUCCAGUUUUGUUCAGUCUCUUUUGCUCCAACUUCCUUUAUUUCUACACAUUUAAUAGUCUCAAAGCUAUAUUUCUUAGAAAUAGACAUGCAUCAACCUCGAAGCAAGAUUUACUUUUUGGAUAUAUUGCUGGUAUUGUGAAUGUUUUGGUAACCACACCUCUGUGGGUGGCAAACACAAGAUUAAAACUACAGGGUGUCAAGUUAAGGUCACAAAAUUUGGAAAGCAUAGCCACACCUAAAUACACUGGAAUUAUAGAUGGUAUAUGUCGCAUAAGUAAAGAAGAAGGUCUGGGUAGCCUGUGGAAUGGUAUUGGGUCUUCUGUAUUUCUUGCUGGGAAUCCUGCUAUCCAGUUUAUGGUUUAUGAGAGUAUUAAAAGGUUUCUAAGAAGAAGUGGGAAAACGAAACUUUCUGCAUCAGAGUUCUUUUUGAUUGGAGCAGUAGCUAAAGCUAUAGCAACAGUAGUUACUUAUCCACUACAGAUUGCGCAGUGCAAACAAAGGGCUGGCUAUGAAAGAUAUAAACAACACAGCAAUCUUCUUUCUUUAUUGGCAAAAUUGAUAAGGGAGCAAGGCAUUCUGGGACUGUACAAGGGUCUUGAAGCUAAAUUACUACAGACUGUAUUAACUGCUGCGUUGAUGUUCCUUGCUUAUGAAAAGAUUGCCGCUUUUAUAUUUGCACUGGGUAGAAGAAUUAAAUCUUAAAAUUGCACUCAAAGCUGGCCUUUAAUCAAAUUUAGGACUAUUGAUAUUCAAUAAACAUUUAACCCCCUACUUUUUAUUGUUCCUUUACUAUAAUCUAUUCAUUUAUAAUCAUGGAAUUUAUGGACUUAUGUGACUACACUGCCUGUAUAUUGACAAAAUUAAUUAUUUAACUUAUUUCUAGGAAUACAUCUGAAUAUUUAACAUUAAAUAAACAUCGGCAACUACAAUCAUCGAAAUUCCUUGUGGAUGUGAUUUUAAUACUAGUGCCAUAGUGAUAAAGUGCUGUUCAUGAAAA